UAGGCGAAUCACGUGUGGAGAAACCGUUUCUCGUCAUGUCUCGGCUGUAGCGAAGCCCCCGUGCUACCUCUUAUUAUUUGCCUCCAGUUGUCGACGCACUUUGUUUUGACAGCUGCUUGUUUUCUUUUCUCGUAGCGCUUUACCGAAGAAUGAGCGAAAACGAUGACAUCGACGUCGACAGCGAUGCAGACAAGCGAGCCCAUCACAACGCGCUGGAGCGCAAACGCAGGGACCACAUUAAAGACAGCUUCCACGGCCUACGAGACUCUGUGCCUGCGUUACAAGGGGAGAAGGUGAGCAGUUCUGUCAAACAGGCUUCCCGAGCACAGAUUCUAGACAAAGCCACCGAGUACAUCCAGUACAUGAGACGAAAAAACCAAACCCACCAGCAAGACAUCGAUGACUUAAAGAAGCAAAAUGCAGUGUUGGAGCAGCAAGUGCGAGCCCUGGAGAAGGCAAAGGGCAACACUCAGCUGCAGACAAACUCCUCCUCCGACAGCAGCUUGUACACGAACCGCAAAGGCAGCGCCGUGUCGGCCUUCGACGGCGGCUCCGACUCCAGCUCCGAGUCGGAGCCGGACGAGCCGCCCAACAGGAAGAAGCUGCGCGUGGAGCCCAGCUAGACUCGGCUCAACCCCCGGCUCUCCAAACAGACUCUUUAUGCCCCCCCCCCUCGGCCCGCCGAAUCCUCUCGCCUGUCCGCACUCAAGUCCCGCCUUCUAACGGCGGUCCACGAGGCGAGGUGGAGGCUGCGUGAGAGGGAUGCUAGUAUGUAUAAAAAAAGAGAAAUUUAAAAAAACGCUUCUACCUUUUUUCCUCCUGGCGAGCAUCCCGUCACUCCAUCCAACGACUCUCAAGACCCCCAACAUGAGGCAGCUGUGCAGUUUUUGAAGGACUUUUUUUUUUUUUUUUUUUUUUUUUCUACCUUUCAUAAUCAAAUAUCAAAGGAGAUGACAAGGUAUUAAACAAACAUAUGUCUGUGUUUCUCCUUUGGUUGUUUUUCACAACCUCUGCAAUCUUCUGGAGUUAUGAGACUUUUUGAUCUUUGACGAAGUGGUGAUAACGGGUUAGUUUACCUUUUUAAUAUUCCUACUUUUCCCAAAAAAAACAAAAAGAACAGAAUGUGAAGUUGCUUUUGUUCGUGAUGUAACGCGCGGUGCAACACCCCCCCUCACUCAGUGUAGGUGACUGAAGCCUUUGUCUUUGAAAAUGAACCCCUCUAUUUAUAGUGACGCACCGACAUUCAUUUCUCCCCGUUAUGUUUGAUCUCUAGAAUGUUUGGCUUGAGAUUUUCCAGAGAACACAGGAGGAGGAACAAGUUGACCUGCUGUUUUAAUGGAGUUCCCACAGGUACAAAUAUUUAUUUUUUCCUCUAUUUUUAUUACUAUCAGAUGAAAAAUGAGUAACAGCAACAAAAAAAAUAAAAGACCCCCUAUUGGAUACCGAAUGUUACACAAUGCAAGUGAAGGGCAGCGACCUUUUAUUUUUGUUAAUGGAAGUCCAUUUCCGUGUGUAGUACGUAACGCUGUAUACUCUUUAAUGGUGUCAGUUCUGCAAAGGAAAGCCUUUGCUUGAAAUGUUUGCCCGUGCCAGGAACGUUCAACUUUAUUUCUUUUCUGUCCUUUUUUGCAGAGGUAAAUUAGCGUGUACGUAAUCAAUAUUUGUUUGUUCCAUUCCGUGGAAAUUACAGGUAUGUUGUACAUACUGCCAACAGAUGUCUUGCAAGUUAAGGCAUACCUUUAUUAUGAGACUAUAAAUAAACUAUUUUAUCCUUU